GCCUGGAAACUUGCCAUAGGAAUGGAUCAAAAGAAACCUGGAUGGAAAGCACUUGAAGUUUUGAAAGCAGUUAUAUUGGAUAAGUGGGGAAGAACUGAAGAAGCUGACCAAAUGUUGUCAAGGCUUUUUACCGAGAAUAAUCGUGAUUGGCAAGAAGAAACAUUGCAGUCGUUACAAUUUUUUUAUGGUGAACGUAGAGAUUGGUGUUCGUUAGCCCAAGUCUAUCAACAAUUGUGGACCCAAACUAUGAAUUCUACUCUAGGAGAAACCAGUGUUCUUUAUUAUAUACGAGCAAAAGAUUAUUCCGAAGCACAAAAAGUUGCCAGUAAGUUGUAUCGUUGUUACUCUUCUCAUUAUAUGGCGUGGUGGAUUCUCUCUCUUCUAUUGCAAGUUCGUUAUGAAAAGGCUGAUUCGAGGAUAUUGAUGUUGGCAGCUAAAUUGGGUAGCAAGUAUAUUGCAGAGAGUAACUCAAUACCAUCCUCAUUUAUUCGUCUGUAUAUUAUUUUAUUGGAACAAUUGGGAGACUAUGAACAAGCCAAACAAAUAGGAAGACAGUACUUGGACGUGUCUAAUGAUGUGUUGAAAAAGGAUCAUAUGGAAUGGCUUGCCAACCUAUGUUAUCAAAGUGGACAAUAUGAAGAAGCAUUGCAUUAUUAUGAACAAUUGAUUGGACAACAAUUAGAAAACUAUCAUUAUUGGUAUAUGUGGAUGAAAUGUCAGAUAUGGAACAAGAAAGAAGAAAGUGAUUGCCAUUCUAUACAAGCAGAACCCUUUUUACGGAAUCUGUUGGAGCAAAUCCACGAGUUAUUUUCUAGAGCACUAUCCAAUGGGAAUGAUACUUUUCAAGAAGAAAAGAAGAAGGAAGAAGAGGAUUGUAGAACUUUGCAAAGACGAAAAAGAACUCUUUAUAUGAUUCAAAUGGAAACUUGUAGAGAAAUGAUCAUCUCAUGGGAGAACAAGGGUCUUUUCAUGGAUUGCAUUUCACGAGAAUUGUUUGUGAUCAUUCAACAAUAUUUGAACGAUAUGUCAAGUCUACCUUGUUGUUCUACCGAUUUGAAAGCAUUUGUUUCCCUUUUGAAACCUAAUGAAAGAAAUCAGUUGUGCCAACAAAUCAUGGAAACUUUUGCAUCUCGAUCAUCCUCAUCCCUUCUUUCCAAGGAAAGUAUCUUUACUACAAUAGAACAUUUUUGGUUAUUAUUAUCUUUGGAGCCUUCUUCUUUGCCCCGUAUAGAUACUUUAUUGGAUUAUUAUAUUCAGUGGUCUAAAGACCAUUUAGUACCUUUUGAACAUCAAUAUGCAGAUGGAUUGAUUCUAUUGAUUGUCAAUCAAUUGCUAAGUUGCGAUGAACAUUGUCGUUCUCCUCGUUAUUUGUUACAAGCCAUCCAAGUCUUAGAACUUGGUAAACAUUAUAGUCCUUAUGCCUUGGAAUUGAGAUUGUUUUUGGUGAUCUUUUAUGCCUUUUUAGGUUGUUAUGAAAAUGCAAUGGAAGAAUGGAAUGCAAUGGAAUUGAAACAUAUUCAAAUACUCACAUUGAGUUUCUUAUGGGGUCCCUUUGUGCAUCGUUGGUAUGAUGUCAAUGGAAUGCGUUGGUAUCAUAAAAAACUAUCAUUGUUUGAAAAAGAACAUAGCGAAGAGACUCCUGAAGGUAUAUUCUUAGCCAUUCGACAACAAUCCUAUGAAACUGUGUUGGAUAUGAUUCAAUUUCAAUACAAAGUAGAUCAUUCGGAAGCACUUUUGGCUUUUUCCAUUUAUUCUUGUCACGAUACUUUAUUUUAUCAUCAUCGCAAUAGUAUUCGAAGUCUUGAAGGAUUUUCAUCGGAUUGGCUUCGUCUCGUUGGGACAUCUUAUCGUUCUCUUAUCAGACAGUGGAAAGAAGAGACUUGUCUUUUAGAAGAUUUGUAUAUUUUAGAUGACCAUAGUGUUUGGAACAAGAGUUUAGGAAUCAUGAAUGCAGAGAGUUGGUUGGAUAGUGAUGAGAUGAGAGUGUAUCGAGUGAGAUUGGACUAUGUCAAUUUACGUCUUUUGUUAUCUUUCCUAUUAGGAGAAUGGAAGAGUCUUCCUAAUUGGUCCAUUGUCUAUUUUGAGUCCGCCAUUCUUUCCAAAGAAGACGACAAGGAAUAUUAUGGGAUGGUUGAAUAUUGGUAUUCUUUUUGGCAGUAUUUAAGUGCAUUGUAUGAUGAGGAGGAAAAGACAUUCACAAAGGAUACGGAAAACACAUCGCAAUUGUAUGAUUUAUAUCAACAAUGGUACUCUAAAUGGCAACAAUAUGUGCCUUGGAAUGAUGAAAGGAAGAAGGAGACAUUCCAUGCCGUUGAAUAUUUUCCUUUUCAAUUUCCUCGAUGGAUAUAUUAUGUUCAUCAAAUAGGAUUGUAUGAAAGCAACAACAUUCGUCCAUUUUACAUCGUUGGUUAACCCAUUUUCGACCUAUUCAAAUAGAAAAGGAAUGGUUGAGUGCAUUGCA